AUGGUGGCUCAGCAACUCACCCCCGAGCUGACGCAGCCCAACGUUCCGGUCGAAAUCGACCCCGGGCCCCCGAUGGGACUGUAUCAGGAAGCUCAACGGCAUGCGCCGGGAAAGCCCCAGGCCCAGAUGAUCAAGUCUAAAGCUCGAUUAUCAUCGACCUUCAGGCCGAGUAAUGAGCUCGGUGACGAGCCUAUCGAGGCCAACGGAUGCCCGGAGCCUGGUCGUGAGCUAGGUUUUGAACUCGACGACGCCGCUCCUGAACAGGAGAGGGAAGUACAAGUGCUGGAGGACGCAGGUAUUAUCCUCACUUCGUGCCGACCUUGCCGAGGACAUCGCGCAACAGCUCAGUCUGAGAUUAAGGAUGCCGCGGAGGAGGAAACCGCUUUCGAUGGGAUGCACCAUUUGAAGUUCAUCGGGGGCGACAAGCUGCGCCAAGAUGCCAUCAGUCCAACCCCAAGCCCGAGCUCGGGCUGGAAUCCACCAAGGAUUCGCCGACGGGCGUCAUUCGCCACCGAUCUUUCUGUCCCUGCAGUGUUGCCAUCUACAGCUGCCACUGAGCCUAGUGCUAUCAGGAACAUGAGACCCCUCAAUGACGGACCUGUCAAGGUCAUCUGGACUUCGACGCGCGGGACGAUCCCUCGGCUAAAUCCUCCGCGGUCCCGCGAGGUGCUCUUUAACAAGUCUUCCAACGGCCAUGGGAACGCCCACAAUUCGCUCGUCGUCGACACAACGAGGGUCGCGGAAGACCAACUGGCUUCGGUCUUUGGUGACAUGCCGAAGAACACUUGUCAUUGCGAUCUUCCAAUGGGGCAUUCCUGCACCGGACGGUUAAAGCAACCUCGGUCAACGGGUCGAACAGCCAGCAGCGACGUCGAACCUCCUUUGCCCAUGUCUUGGGCCGCCGGUUCCAAGACAAGCUUCAGUGUCGAUAUUGGAGAAGUCGCACGGGAGGUAUUCAUGUGGAUGAAUCAAUACAAGAUGAUGACCUUGCAAUGCGAGAAGCAAUCGCCCGUUCGUUGGUUCGAAAUAGGGACCGAGCUGCUACUAAACUUCGUGUCGGCCGCGAUCUCUUGCCUCCAUGUCCUUCUACACCAGCUCGUGCGGGGAAAUGCGAGAGUCAAGCAGUGUACUGAAGUAGUUCACUGCCUCCUGGAUGACCCAGGAUAA